AUGACUGACCCAACGUGCGCCCUUUGUGGGAACCCAACCUCCACCAAAUGUGGUGCCUGUGAGUCGACUACCUACUCUCGCUACUACUGCAGCAAAGACUGCCAGGUGAAAGACUGGCCCGACCACAAGACAGAAUGCAAGGAACAUCAGAUCCUAUACUUGGAGAAGCCUCUGAAGAGAAUCGCCGAAAUUGUCCAGCAAGCUUACUACGACUUCCGCAUGAACACUUGGGAUACACCUAUUACCAGGGUUGUCGAGGGUGAUAGCGUUCUCAUACUCCAGGACGAACUGCUGCGCGACGAGGAAAAAUUCUUCGUAAAGUUUCCUGGUCAUCUUACCGAGAGCGAGCGGACCAAGAAGACCAUGCUUUGCUCUUGGAUAUACAAGGAGACGACGGCAUGGAUGUACAAUCUCAUUUUGGGAUUGGUCAAGGGACUUGAUGUAAAACUUGAAGAAGCCACAGUUGAUCUUGGCACUAUUAGUCGAAUGGUCACCGCUUUCACUCCCGUCGGAGAUCGCCAUGACAACUGGCCGGAUUACUUUCACAAUGUUCUCUUCGUUAGUUCUACCAAGCCCAAGAAGAAGUGGGUUAUCGAUAUGGCUGGUGCUCAGUACGGAAUCUAUAAUGCAUUCUGGGAUUGGACCGACUACAAGACAUACUAUGGCGUGAAAGUCCAGGCUGCCUAUCCUUUCGGAACAAACAGAGAUCUCCUGAAAGAGCGAGCCAAGGCCCGCGGUAACCCUUUUAUGACAUUUGGCGUCGUGGGAAUUGUAGCCGCCCAACUCGAUGUGGCGAUCGAGAAAUGGGUUGAGAGCCGUGGUAUGAGUUUGGCCCAGAUGAUCGCGUUGGAUGAAGAUGCCUACGAAGAAGCUAAAAAGAGCCUGCUGGAGAGCAUGGACAGUGCUGUUAGCUCAUAUGUCGCCACAAACGACUUCGACGCUGAGUUCAAGGCGGCAAAGGAUUACGAGCGGAUGAAUCCAGGAAGGAGUGGAAUCGAGUGUCAGGCUAUCGAUGCCGUCUUUUACAAGGGACGUUAG